AUGUUAGCCCCAAUACUUGAGAAGGCAGCAAGUGAGGCUAAAUUUGGCCUGCAUUCUAAAUGUGCUCAGCCUCGUCUCACUCACCUAUCCUUUGCUGACGAUGUCAUGAUUUUUACCGAGGCCACUGCGAGUUCUCUUGAACAGGUCAUGAAAGUUCUGCCAGAUUUUGGCACGUUCUCAGGUCUGAAACUAAACUUGGAAAAAUCUGAACUCUUCACCAGUGGGAUAUCUGAUGAAGACUCUGUGAUGUUGUGCUCGAGUCUAGGGCUGAGUAAGGGGCAGCUACCUGUCCGAUACCUGGGGAUCCCGCUAAGUCCAACAAGGCUAUCAAAAUCAUAUUACCAACCCAUCAUUGACAGGAUCAAAGCAAAGCUAGAAUCUUGGACAACUAAACUCCUAUCCCUUGCCGGUAAGGUUCAGCUAAUUGCUACAUCUAUAUAUGGCUUGGUCCAUGCUUGGAGCUCAGUUUUCUUGUUACCAAAGUACUUGUUGAAGCUAAUUGAUGGUCUUUGCUCGGCCUUCUUGUGGAAGAACUCCGCAUGUACAUCAUGCUCAUAUCGGGUAGCAUGGAAUAAAAUCUGUGUGCCUCGAUCGGAAGGUGGGCUUGGACUAAGGAAGUUGGAAGAAUGCAAUGUUGUAUUUAGACUGAAGCUAGUAUGGUUAUUGCUUACUAAGUCAGGCUCUCUCUGGGUUGCAUGGCUCCGACAAAACGUAUUUAAAAGGCGAGGGUUAUGGGACACAAACGCGACCCCAAGUUACUCUUGGAACCUAAACAAAUUACUGCGACUUAGACACAUAGCACGGAAUUUUGUGAAGGUGGAACUAGGAGAUGGCUAUAACACUCGCUUCUGGACAGACAAUUGGUCUAGAUUCGGUCCAUUGAUCGACGUUAUUGGUGAGCAUGGACCAAGGCUUAUGAGGUUACCAAGGUGUUGCCUUGUUAAGGAUGCGAUAGAAUCUGGUGGUUGGAGCCUACCGGGAGCAUGUUCAGCUCGAAUACACGAGCUCCACAUUGCCCUCACAGGCAUCCCCCCACCAACGAAGGAGCAGGCCCGGAUAUAUCACUGUGGAAGCAUGGAGAUGAUGACUACCGGGACUCAUUCUCAACCGCAACGACAUGGAGGCUUCUUCGAUCCCCAUCACCCUCGGUUACCUGGCAUCCGCUUGUUUGGUUCAGUCUUGCGAUUCCUCGAUACUCUAUGA